AGAGAGAGGUGAUACCCCUACUUGCUCUAAAGAAGAAGAAGAAGAGGCAGGGAAUAAGGAACAAGGCAUGAAAAGCACCCUACGGUGUUGCAUCUCUUGCAUUCUCCCCUGCGGAGCUCUCGAUGUGAUCCGUAUCGUUCAUUCCAACGGCCGCGUCGAGGAGCUCACCGGCUCCGUCAAGGCCUCCGACAUCAUGAAGGCUCACCCUAAGCACGUCCUCAAAAAACCUUCCUCUUCCUCCACCUCCGCCGCCGCUUCCGCCUCCUCCGACGGCGUCGUCCCUCGCAUCGUCAUCGUCCCUCCCGACGCCGACCUCCAGCGCGGCAAGAUUUACUUCCUCAUGCCUCUCCCUUCGUCGUCCGCGCCUCCGAUACCGGAGAACAACCGGCCGAGGUCGUCUUCGUCUUCGUCGUCUUCAGCGACGGCGAGGAGCAAAAAGAGGAAAGAGCACAGACAGAAAACAAUCUGUAAUAGUCGUACCGGUAAUUUGCUUGCCUCCUCCGAUCGUUACUUGAACGAUAUACUGUCGGAGAAGCUCUCGACGCAGCGAGACCGAAGACGAGGACGCGUCGCUGUGUGGAGGCCUCACUUAGAGAGCAUUUCAGAGUCAAAUACCGAUUGAUCUGUAACGAGAGAGCCACGUACGGUUCUUCAAUAUAUAUUAAUUUGUUCGAAAA